AUCGAAUGCGCAUCAAAUUCAAAAAUCUGAAGGUGCGGCGCAGACGUAGACGUGACCGACAGAAAACCGACGCUUGUUCAAGAAUCGAGUGGCUAAUUUGUUUAUUUUUUUUUAAUUGUGUUAUAAAAGAAAUUGUCGAUUUAUGGACGAGUACACGGAGAGACUUUUGGAGAGGACACGGGCGAGGAGCGAGAACCUUGCCAAGAAGAUGAGCCAGUCCGAGGUGUCGCCUCGCAAGAGACGGACUCCGCUGACGGAUGUGAACUCCUCGGACAGCGAGGAGAAGAAAGUCCGAUUGGAUGCCUCUCCAGUGAAGUCAGCAGUGACGCGAGGCAGUGAUAUGAAGCCAGACACACCGGCUAUACCCUCAGUCAGGUCACGCAUGAGUAAACUGGCUGAUAUGAGAAGAGAAUGGUCUACUGCAGACGGGUUAGAGCUGGACUCGCCCCAGAAUGUAUCAGCCCCUCGGCCACGUCAGCAGGAAGCUCCACCAAGCACGACUCCCUCUGCACCCAGCAGUAGGAAGAGCAGGUUUGCUGCCCUGGCAGCCAGCAUCAAUAACUGGGAGGACGACCUGGACCAUCCCAAGCAUCACUUCCAACAUGAGGAGAAGCCACAGACCAAAAAAUGGGAGCGCCCUAAACCGGUUGAAGAAAUUGCCAACGACCCUCCACCGCCAAAGAAAGACAACGGCAUCCUGUCCAUCACUCCCAAAAAGCCAGCCCGCAACGUGAGGUUUGAAGAUGAGGAGGAAGAGAGUAAUAAGCCAUCCCUUGGGAAUGGGCAGGGUAAGGCGCAGAUGAGAUCACUCCCAUCCAGCGGCAGCCCAGCGAGGGAAAGGAAUACCUCGGGGGAUCCGAAUAAUGGGAAGCCUGAUGGAAGAGCCGAGCUGAGAUCCUUGCCAACUGGCAAUAGCCCGGUCAAGGGCAUUGCUUAUUCCAGACUGGUGGAAAAGAGUUCUCUCCAGUUCGGCAGCAGCCCAGCAAGGGAAAGGAAUAUCUCUGGGGAUCCGAAGAACGGGAAACCUGAUGGAAGGGCCGAGCUGAGAUCUUUGCCAACUGGCAGUAGCCCGGCCAAGAGCAGUGCUUAUUCCAGGCUGGUGGAGCAGAAACAAGACGGGGCAAAGUCACUGUCCAAGUCAGCUUCUGGAGGCACGCCUGGGAGGAAACGCAUUCAGGUGUCCCUGUCCCGUGAGAGAGAGCCUUCUAGAAUGGAGGUUCAGAAGCAUUUUGCCCAAGAGCAGCAGCAGCAGCAACCAACUCCCAAACCCAGAGCAGCACCAGCAAGUACUGUCGCCGCCACCUCCACAGCAACUCAGCAGCCGAAGUCUUCCAUCAAGCGGCUCGCACCACAGCCUGAGCAAGCCGUCAAGAAACAAGCCCUUGCAACUGAAGCCGACGCAGACCCAACCCCCAAGGAGGGAGCCGCAAGCGUCAAGGCCUACUUUGGGAGGCACAAGACGGGCGCUGCUCCAGCAUCGCCGACCUCCAGCAAAGUGGAGCCAAGGGUGGGUGCUAUGGCCAAGUCCAUCCAGGACAGGCUUCGCCAACAUCAGGAGAACUGGCACAGCAAUGAUAUCAAUACAAAGAUCCAGGAGCAAAGAAAAAAAGAGUUGGAUAUCAUCCGGCAGAGGUGGAACCACUCCGGCAAGACUGAGCCUGCCAAGGAGGAGACUGAAAAGGAACAGCCUACGCCCAUGCCCAGGGUGACCAUCGCUCGCUCCGUCCCUGAGCCUGAAGUGAAGCAGGAUGAGCUGGAUGACCCGAUGGAGGUCACGGAAGACACCAUCAACAUCGGAAUGAUGGAAUCAUCCAUUGAGGGCAAGUCAUCCUCAGAUGAAGAAGAAGAAGAAGAGAUGAUGUCCGAAAAGGAAUCUGCAGUAGUUGUUCCUCAGCAAAAAGUGGUGAUGGCUGGGGGCUCAGGUCAGGGAAAUGGUUCAGCAACCCCUCUGGCACCUCCAAGAGAGAAAGCCGUCGCCAAGACUACCCAACAGCCCCAGGAGACGGGACCUGCUACCCCCCUGGCUCCUCCCAGACCUCGUCGAACAAACAGCAAGCUCCUCGCCGAGGAGGAAGCCAAAGCACAACAGGAAGCCCUUUCCAAACAUCCACAUCGCGAGGAUAGCGUUGAUGAUGAUGAUGACGCAGAUGACGAAUAUGAUGAGAGUGAUGAUGAUGUUCAGGAGUUGGACAUCACCGACGUGCUGGGGGACAUUGACGAUCUGCUGGACGAGGCUGAACAAGCCAUGGAGGCAGAAAAACAGACUGAAGCCCCUGCCCCAACCAAGAGACAGGAACAGCCUGCCGCACCACGAGCAGUAGCCCAGAAGCCACCCUCUGGUCAUGAAGCCCGUCCCCAGCCCAGCACCACCCAGUCACCCAACCUGUACAGCAUUGAGUCCUUCCGCAAGCAGGGUCCCAAGUCCCCGGCGGCUGCCAGGACCAUCAUAAGGAGCGACAGUGGUACUGUGGAGGCCGGCCAGGGGGUCAAACCCGUGGCGCUGAAGCCCAUACCAAUCAAGGCACAAAUACAGACCCUGAUUGAGGAAGUGUCCACCCAGCAGAGUAUCAUCUAUCAGACCAGUCAAGCCCUCAACCUGAUAGCAUCCAGUGUGGAGUAUAAAGGGACCAGGCAGGAGGUAGAGGCUGAGAGAUUGCUGCUUAUUGCAGCUCAGAGGCGCCAAGCCUGCUUAGCUGAGAUCCAACGUCUGAAGACGCCAGCCAGUGUGCGGGAGCCCAGCGCCGUGAUGCAGACCGCAGAGGGUGAAGCCAUGAGGCCUUGCAAAGGUUUUGUCUCUAUACAAGACAUACGGCUACCACUCAAGACGGAAUAUAUCCUGUCCUCCAAGCAAGAUCGCAUGUGUCACUCCUUCUUCCUUCUACUGCGCUGCAGAGAGCACGUCCUUGCCACUCGCAUCCAGACUACAGUCGAUGGAGUCGCUGGUGAUUGCUUGCCAUUCACCAACAUCGCCAAAUUCAACAACCUGGACAGCGACUUUGUGAUUGAGGCCUUUGUCUUUGAGAUGCAGAACAAGAGGCCCAAGGCAGCCGAGGAGAAGAGCAAACAGACGUUCUUCUCGGGUCUGACUCCCAAGAAGAUACUGGCCAAUAUGUCCAAGGAUUCCAGGCAAGGGAUGAAGACCCCCAUUGCCCCCAGCCCCGGUGGGCCAGGCUAUGUCCGUGCCAGUAGCUUCACCUUGGUUGGUGCUGCCAGACUGACCCUCCAAAGCUGCAGAGUCAACAGGUUCACGCUCAGCAAGGUUCCAUUCAACUCGCCUCUAGAGGGCACUCUCCACCUGAAGAUGACCUGCCACACCAACGCCAACGUGACGGAGAGUGGCUGGCUGACCAUGUUUGAUGACAUCAGCGGCUUUGGGGCCUGGCACCGGCGCUGGUGCGUUCUGAGCGGGGGCUACAUCUCCUAUUGGAAGUAUCCCGAUGACGAGAAUCGCAAAGCUCCAAACGGCACCGUAGACCUGAGAAAGUGCAUCACCACUGAAGUGGCUCCCAUCUCACGCAUCCUGUGCGCCCGACCCAACACUUUUGAGCUGGUAACCCGCCAAGCGGCCUCCAAAGCUGUCCACCAAAGCAGGGACACGCUGGUCACCAAACACGAACACUCCGCCGUCACCACAAAGCAUAUGCUGUCUGCAGACGUCAAAGAAGAUCGCAUCCGAUGGAUCAACGCUUUGAACAAGACACUCCUGGAUCUGAGAACAUGGAACCGAGACGCUGCCAGGCCCAGCUCAUCUUAGUAAAAUACCCCAAGUGAGCCUUACAGUAUAAUUGACCUCAAUCCAGGUAAUUACAUGCUACAAUAUGACCCUGUUUGGUGUAUUAAAAACAACUAGGUUGAACUUUAUUAUUGGGGUCCAAUCCGGACUAUUUUAAACUAAUUGGCCUCAUUCUACAUGUAGAAACCCUAAUUAUUUGUCCAAAUACGACCCUGUUUGGGAUAUAUAGUGGCUGGACUAAAUUGCUGAUUAUAAACACUGAAUUAGGUCAAAUAUAACCAGAAUUUGUUUAAGCUUAUUUGUAAUAUUAACAACCUAUGUUUAUAGCAAAGUUUAGAGGUAUCAACAAGAAAUAUUAGGAAACUGUGUUGUCAGAGCAAUAGUGGUCAAGUAAAAUGAAAAAAAAAUGUGCAUGGAAAGCUGAGAAAAUAUCCAGCAAAUUUAAAACAAAAGCUUAAAAGGCUGUUAAUCCUGAAAACUAAUGAAAAUACAUACAAAUAUGACACUGUACUAAACAUGUUUCUAUUAGAAAUACUACCUAGUGUUGAGGUUGGUAGGCAAUGCAUACGACGCAUGAGCUACAUUUGUAGUACUCCGAACAAAUGUUAUAUUUUUUUGUAUAUAUGUGCAUGAAAAUUCUGCUUCCGUGUAAUAUUCAGUGUUUGCCUAAUUACACUUGGUAAUAUUUUAGGUUGCUCUUACUAAUACAUUUACAUUUAAAUAUUAAAGAUAUUUUUAAUUGAGCGUCAAUAUUGAGAAGAUUUGUAUUCCAAAUUUGAUCUACAUUUACAUGUACUCAGUUGUUUCAUUGUAUAUUAUACUCUUAGUUUGGAGCAUCGGUUGUUUAUAACGAUCAAAUUCAUGGAAGAAAUUCAUCAAGAAGGAAUGACAUUUAGGUACAUGUACUUUCAGAAAUUACUUUUAUGGCUUUUCUUACAUUCGAAAAUGUCACUAGCAUUUAUGUAUUCAUUAGAAGUUCCAUUUACAUACAUGUACUUACUGCACAUUAACUUUGUUUUCUCAUAAGCAGAAUAUGUAUAUUUGCAUAAUUAAGUUAGCAUGGUAUACUCAGUAACUGACUUCAAAUUUAGAAACUUCAAUGUGCCUACAUGUACUAUCCAUAGACAUGAUAUUGAUGCAUCUUUAUGCAUGAACAUGUACA